AAAUUAAUUAUGAUAAUGAGUAGCCAUUUUAUAGACGCAGAAUAGUAUACAAGUUAGACUAACAUAUUUGGUGGGUCACCUAAAAAGUGGCCUCCCUUUAAUUUCUACUUUCGCUUUGUGGUUCAUGCAGACUGUUUGUUCAAGUUCAAGUAAGGAUAAAUGAUGAUGUAUUACUUUAUUGGUGUGGACGUUGGAACAGCUUCUGUUAGAGCAGCCUUGGUGUCCCAACAUGGAGAUGUUGUGUCCACUGCAACCAAAGAAAUAACCAUCUGGAAUCCUCAGCCUAACUUCUAUCAACAGUCAUCCGAUGAAAUUUGGGCAGCUGUGGUUGAAACAAUUAAACAUGUUUGUUCGACUGGAAAAAUUGAGGUGACUGCUGUCAAAGGAAUAGGGUUCGAUGCAACCUGCUCUCUGGUUGUGCUUGAUGGGGACAGCCAGCCUCUCUCUGUGUCCCCAGAUGGAGACCCCCGGUGUAACAUCAUCAUGUGGAUGGACCACAGAGCUGCGCAGGAAGCAGAUUUCAUCAACCAGACGGGGCACGAUGUCUUGAAAUAUUACGGGGGUGGAGUAUCGCUGGAAAUGGAGCCACCAAAACUGUUGUGGCUCAAAAAGAAUUUGCGACCCCAGUGUUGGAACCGUUUGAGCCAUGCAUUUGAUUUGUGUGAUUUCCUGACCUGGCGAGCAACAGGCAGCUUUACAAGGUCCCUUUGUUCCACUGUGGCCAAAUGGACAUACACAAAAGAGGGUGGCUUCAGUGAAGAGUUUUUCAACAUGAUCGGGCUUGAAGACUUGGCUGAAAAUAACUUCGCAAAAAUUGGCAGCCAUGUUGAAGCCCAGGGGAGACCAUGUGGAGAGGGACUGAGUCCCAGCGCAGCGCAGGAGUUGGGGCUUGAACCUGGUACCCCAGUGUCUGUGGGAAUCAUAGAUGCACACAGCGCUACAUUGGGUUGUAUUGGCUGUAGACCAACAGGAAGUGAUGUCAUCAUUCCUCCAUUGAACAGUCGUCUUGCAAUGAUUUCUGGGACUUCUACUUGCCAUAUGAUAAUGAGUGAUAGGGCGAUAUUUGUUCCUGGUGUGUGGGGUCCACACUGGUCAACUAUCAUCCCUGGGCUGUGGACUGCUGAGGGAGGACAGAGUGCUGCUGGGAAAUUGAUUGACUUUGUCAUUGAGUCCCAUCCUGCAUAUGCUGUCUGUUCAAAGAAGGCGGAGGCAAGUAAGACACAUAUCACAGACUAUCUGUAUGACAUCCUGAUGGAGAGAUCUAGGCAGUGUGGGGUCAGCAGCAUUUCACAGCUCACAGAGCGUCUACACAUUUGGCCUGAUUACCAUGGUAACCGGUCUCCUUUGGCUGACCACACGUUGACUGGCAUGUUGUGUGGAUUGACUUUGCAAGCAGAUGAAAGUAGCCUUGCAGAACUAUAUCUGGCCACUGUGCAGGCACUUGCAUAUGGGACGCGACAUAUUUUGAGUGAGCUGCAAAAUAAGGGACACGUCCCUGAAGUCAUUUACAUCUGCGGAGGCCUGCGUAAAAAUCAGCUAUAUAUCCAGACACAUGCAGACGUAACAGGGAUGUGUGUGUAUGUCCCGGACCAGAAGGAGUCAGUCCUGCUGGGGUCUGCUAUUCUAGGGGCCACUGCUGCAGGCUUCUAUCCAACACUGCAGGUAUGCAUGGAUAGCAUGAGUGGUCGAGCAGAGGUAGCAAAGCCCAACCAGGAGGAUAAACAGUUUCAUGACCGAAAGUACGAGGUGUUCCUACAGAUGUACAGGGACCAAAGAAAAUAUGCAGCAAUUAUGUCAGGGAAACAUGAACAAUAACCUCUUUCACUUUAGUGAGUAUUUGUGUGGAGGUUGAAGUUUCUAGAUGGUUCGGUACCAAAAAGCAUAGAUUGACAGGAGGACAUAGGAACUUUCCAUGAAAACUUUAAAUGGCUGUUCAUUUGAAUAAAAAUGACAGGGAAUUGUAGCUAAAGUAUUCCACGACCAAAGAAAAACAGCAGUUUUCAGAGGAAAACAGAUUUCCACUGUUAAUUAAUAAUUUGUAUGUACUCACGUUUUAUGCCAAUUAAAACAACCAAAAUUUAGAGAAAAUAAUACACGCAACACAUAUCUUGCUUAUUGUGGACAUGAAAGUGUUUUGAUUGUGUAACUGUCAGUCUGUCAACCCUUCCAUAAUUUGUUUUCAGAUACAAGUUUUUGUAAUAAUUGAUUGUCUUAUGAUUGGCAUUGUUUACAAUAGUUUACUAGCUACAAUGUAAACUAUUACCACAUUGUUUCUGCAUUGUAAUAAUUCGUCAGUUUCAUCUUGGAUAUAUCUUGUGUACGGUUUGAGAGAA